AUGGCACCAGACACAUCCCCCAUCACCAGCACCUCUCCCCUCCCCCACCUAGGCAACAGCAUCAACGCCGCCACCCGAACCCAGCACACCAAACUCAACAAGUCCAUCCUCCUCCGCCUGCCCCUUUCUGUCCCGCCCGUGGCAUACAACCCAACAGCUUACCUCACCGGCCUCCUCCACAUGGCCCCAAUUUACAUCGCCUUCGAGUCAGCAUGGGACAAGAUCCUCGCUUCCCGCGACGCCGUCCUUGACCACCCUUCUAGCUCCCUCCUCGUCCUCCCGGAAAACCAAACCCUUCCCCCUUUCCCGUUUGGCACCACGGCAGACCCGAUCGGAGAUGAAAAGUGCGAGAGGGUUCAUGCAGUAUUGCAUCACUUGAAGAUUUCGGGGAUGGCACGGAGCGGGAGUCUAAAGAGGGAUAUCAGAGCCAUGUCGGGGUGGGAUGAGACAGAAGUGGAGGAGAUGCUGGAACAAGUCAAAAACACGGGGAGACUGGGAGAAUUUGUCCGCCACAUCCACGCCAACAUAGCCAGACAGCCCGAGGUGGUGAUCGCCUAUGCUUGGGUGCUCUACAUGGCGCUUUUUAGCGGAGGGAGGUUUUUGGGUUCUUGUCUUGAGGCUGCGGGGGAGGGUUUCUGGAUGAGGAAGUCUGAUGCGGUGUUGGGCAAGAUGUGCAAGGAUCCGAUUAGCAUACGGGAGCUGCUCGCUUCUGAGGAGGAAGAGGGUGAUGGUGGUGGUGGUGGUGGUGGUGAUGAUGAUGGGUUGGCGAGGAUCAAGGACGAUGGGUUGCCGCUCAACUUUUUUAGGUUUGCCACUCCGCUUGAUGGGGAGGAGAUCAAGACUAAGUUUAAGAGCCGACUUGUCGAGCUGGAGGGGUUGCUGACUGCGGGGGAGAGGGAGCAUGUGGUUAGGGAGGGGGUUUGUAUUUUUGACCUGAUGAAUGGGAUUGUGGGGCAGCUGGAUGGGCUGUUUGAUAUGCACCCUGGGGAUGAUGAUAAAGUGGAAGAAGAGAAUGGGGCGGUGGAUACUUGGGCUAGUAUGCUUGUGCCUAGGGCUGCGAUGGUGGCGGGGGGGAGGUUGAGGGAUAGUGUUGCUGUAGCGAAGGAGAGGGGGAUGAGGGCGCUGAGGAAGGCGACGUUUUCGGGCGGGGAGCGGAGCACGCUGGUUGAGGAGGGGAGGUCGCGUUCGCACACACACAGGAGGAAGAGUGAGGGGAACUUGGAGGGGUUGAACACGAGUUCUUCGCCUGCUACGGCUGAGACGAGUACCAGUGGGCUGCAUGCUCAUGGGACUAUUACGUCCGUGACGGAAUUGGUGGAGAAGACGAGUGUGAGCAAGGGGAAGGCGACGGCGGUGGAAGGGGGUGAGGCGGUCAAGGUGGUGAGAUUUGGGGAGGAGAUUGCGCUUAUACAGCAGCGGAGAAACGGGGCGAAGAGUGUGACGGCGAAGGCGGAGGCGGUACAACAGGAUAUGUGGACGUCACCUAAGGGACAGUGUCCGCUUGCUAGGAUUAGACGACAGGAGCGCGGGUCAGUCACAAAGGUUAGGGAUGCGAGAGUAGAGGGGAUCAAGAAUCCGUUUACGUUUUGGAGCUUGGUCUUGCUGGUUACCCUGGUCGGCUUUGGCUGGGGAUAUGCGUACAGAUAUAUCACUGGGCGGUAG